AUGAUACUCCCCGUACUCUUAGCCCUCGCCCUGCUUCCUCGCGCCCACAGCGCAUGGGUCGGCGCCGGCUCCAGCUGCAUGCUCAACGCGACCCGGCUCGACUCCUCAGACCACCGCCUAAUGACACACUGCGACUCCACCACAUACUGCGCCGCCGCCAACACCACCACCACCACCGCCUCUUCUCCAAGUGGCAGCGGCGACCCGGGCGUGGGCACGUGCGUGCCGCGCAAGUGCCGCAGUGACGAGUUCCCGUUCGGGUACGCGGUGAACGCGAGCGGCGCGCAGCUGCCGCCGCUGUGCACGCCGCGCACGGAGUUUUGUCCGGAUGACGGGGGCGGGUGUCGGGAGGUGAUGGGGGUGGGGUCGGUGUGUCAGUUGGAUCGGGACGAGCAGUGUGCGGCGCAGCCGGGGGUGAACUUGGGCGGGUCUGGAGGGACGGGGUCGGUGUGUUUGUCGGAGAAGUGCAUGUAUAAGAACGCUACGGCUGGAGCGUCGUGCGCCCUCGAGAACACGACUUAUGUCGAGGACUCUGUUAGUGGAAGCGUUACGCUCAAUAUCCUGCGGGACAACUGCCGGCUCGGGUUGUACUGCUCUCCGUGGGGAUAUGCGUGCAAUCGCGUGCUCGACGUCGGAGCGCCCUGCUCGUUCGACAAUCAAUGCCAGUCGCAUAACUGUGGUAACAGCGGAACGUGUGAGAACGCACCCGGCGGUCCUGUAGCGGUGCCGGCGUGGCAGUAUAUCGUGACGGUGAUGCUCAUUGUCGCUGUUCUCGUCGCUACGUGCCUCUGCCUUAUUCUUCUGCACAAGCGUCACCGCAUGGAGCGCGAAAGGGAGGUCCGAGAGUGGUUUUAUGAGCAGCUCAGUCUCAGGCAGUGUAUUAUCGCGCUGCACGCCUCGGCUAUGGGAGUCGUUGAUGAGAAGGGCGGGGAGAAGGAAGAGGCUGAAGGGUUUUUGAAUGACCCGGAUAAUGCUAUGCGUCAGAUAUGA